UCGACCGACUGCCGAAGAAUUCGUCGGCCGGCCGGCAGCAAUUUCAACGAGACCGACCCAUGCUUGGACUCACCCGAAAUCAGCCCAGUGGAAUUACCCGGCGACGAAGGGUCAGCGGGGUUGCAGUCACUGAGAGGCCCGUAUCAGGUCGUGUCAACGUUGGAUGAGCCCGACGGCAAUUUCUUAAAGACUGCCAAAGUGGAUGCUUGCGGCCGACUUUGGGUUGGCAGCUCUGGAAGGCAAAAUGGAGACCAGGUUGGCUGUGUUUUCGGUGCUGGGACUGCCAAGGUUUACGGGGUUUCCUGGUCCAGAAGACUUUUACCCAAGAUUCCCGGGCUUAGUCAAACUUCAGGGAUGGCCUGGGCUCCGGACGACAGAACGUUGUACAUGAUCGAUUCUGCAGAGACCUGCGUAUUUGCAUACGAUUAUCACGCUAAAACUGGUUCUCUGGCGAAUCCUCGGGCGAUUUUCGACGCAUCUAAAUUUGGCAAUGGAGUGGCACUGCACGGGAUGACCAUUGACAAUGAUGGGUAUUUGUACAUUGGCAUAUAUGGCCUCGGGCGGGUGAUUAUUGUGGAUCCGGAGAGUCACCAGCUCGUGGGCUAUGUUUGCCUGCCGACCCCGUACGUGACGGGUGUGACUUGGGGAGGAGAAGCUUUGGACACGCUUUAUGUGACGUCAGCUGCCAGACAGGCGGACUUGACCUCGCAUCCGACCUCUGGGAGCUUGUUUCAAGUCACCGACCUGGACGCCAAGGGUUUCAGGAACCUCAAAGCCCACCUCGUGGUUUAAUGUUUUCUUAAUACUAUGCGUAAUUAUCCCGUUUUCUGUUACGAGUCUCUCCGUUUUCUUUUUUCUUGUCUUAA